AUGGACGACACACUCAUUCCAAAAUUCCUUCGCCUUGUGCGCAAUGGCAGGACUCCGCUGAAGGGCUGCGAAGUAUUCACCUUUGGGGAUUUACAAAUGCUUGACCUGGGCCCAUGCUUUGCAGAUGAAGAAAUCCUGCAGGCACAUCGCGCCAAGAAGGGGAUGGCGUCGCAAGUAGCGCUUGUGGUUUCCGUCAAGGGUGCUGUGGCGGAGAUUUGGCGUUUCCAAGACUACAGGGUACCGAGUGUGAUGUCGCCCAACUCCAAAACACCCUCCGCCGCAGCUGUGUCUCAGGGACUUGUGAUAACAGAGCAGCAGGAGAAUUCGCUAAGAAUAUUGAUACGUGUCAUUUUUGCGCACCUGCGCAUUCACGAAUUAUUUGUGGAUAUCGCAUAUAUUGAUGCCAGCGAUAUAGUCCUACGUCUGGUGGUGGACGUGGACGAACUCCCACACCUGGAAAAAGACAGCUGUGUAAGAAAGGUAUGGGCAGUGGAGGGGCUGGUGAGCGUUAGCGUGACCUACAACCGUCUCUGGCGUGCCUCUCUCAAGCGCGAGGAAGAUCCUGUAACGGUGAGUAAUGUGGUGACAACCGUAAAGGGGGAAUUCACCGCUGACCCACGUGUGGGAAGCGCGUUGGUGCCCUGUUCAGAGUCUGUGGGCAGUGGUCGCUCGUUUCCAACGCCGAGAUUUGCACCAGCGCCGCUUCCAAGCUCUGUCGGAUCAAGCUUUUUACCGCAGAAGUGGCCGAAGAGCCCUACCUUGGGUCUGUCUGAGUUUUCCCUUCCACUCGCCUCGACCGCCGUGGCGGAUAACAGCUACUCUUACUAUAAGACCCCCUCUCAAGGUGCUGUGGCUGCGGCAGUUGCGGCACGUGGCAUACGCACUCCAGCUGUUCGUGGGUAUACUUUCGCUUCAGUCCCAACCUUUGCGGCUCACAUGACUGACACCCCCUCUGAUGAUGAAAGUGAUAUGACAAGUACUCAGGGGCAGCUUCAUGAAUUGUUGGAAAUCUGUGAGGUAAGCCUGCAUGAGGCAACCAUUAGUAUCCAAGAGGUGCUCUCUACACUUGAAAAGAAGGCAAUCUACCCUUAA